AUGAAGUUAACUACUACAACCACCGCCUUGGCCAUGGUGGCCUCUGCUUCAGCAGCUUCAAUCGAACAAGUCGCAAGGCCCGACUCGGUGCAAUUAGCAGCAAGACAAGAGGUUGACUUGGUCUUGUCGACUUUACCCGUUUUCGACAAGAGACAAGCUAACGGCGGCAGCGGUGAGCCCGAUUUGCAGGCCUUGGUGGACUACAUCAACAACUACAAAAGCAAGAGAGAUGCCAUUGACUCGGAGAUUCUCAAGAGAGAUUACCAAAUAGUCACCGAUGUGCUUACUGCUAUUGACCAGACCCAAUUAGCGCCGGCAAUCUUGGACUAUUUCGUGUCGAGCCCCACUUUCAAGCCCAUCAUUAUCGAUGUCUUGAUUGCCGUGAUGAAGAGUGGUAUAAUCUCGUUGCAAGCGGUGUUGGAUGCUUUGGUUUCUUCCAACUUGGCCGUCAACUUGAUCAAUGAUUUGAUCAGCGAUUGCAGUUUAUAUGUUGAUUUGUUCAAUAUUGCAGCUAGUAUCAUUAGUGAUUUGGCUGGCAAAGUCAGGGAGUUGAUCAACCAGGGUAUAACUGCGUUGGUCACUAGAGAUGAACACGACGAAAGCUUGUCUGCGUUUGUUGUUGCGGAAAAGAGAUUAGAUUUCGAUGUUAGUACUGUUGUUGACAAUUUGUUGGACUCGUUGUACAAGUCGGGAUUGGCUACUUCGGUGGUGAAAGAUGUCUUGACCAACCCUGCUUACCUUUCCUUUGCCGUUGACUUGAUCAAGGCCAUGUUGGCUAACAACUUGAUUGACAUUCCAGCCAUCAUCGACGCAUUGACCCAAUCGGGCUUGAUUGGCCAGUUGUUUUCGGAGUUGUUGAACUUCAACACCUUGGCUACGGUUGCUGAAACUGCCUUUGCUGCUUUUGCCGGGCAAUGUUCCGGUUCAAGCAGUUCAUCAUCUGGCGGAAGUGGGUUGACUUGGCCAACUACAACCACCACCACUCCUAGUACCGGUGGUGGAUCGAUCACUUCAUCUCAACCUGGCGCUGGCAGUGUUGGUCCAUGUAAGAAGAGAAGAAGAGUGAGAAGAAGAAGAAGAUCCAACUAUUGA